AUGCACAAUCACAACUCAUCAAGUAUAAAAAAAAAUUCAGCUAAACGACAACGAACGUAUGAUUUUGGUGAUAUUGUUGGAUUAAAAGUUUCAGAUGUUGAUCGUACAAAUACUUCCUCCACCAUUUUACCAUGUAAAAUAAUUGAUAAAUAUGUCCGAAAUGGUGAAUUUAUCUACACAGUUGCUACAAAAGAUGGUAUUAUAAAAGAACAUUUUGACUCAUUGACGUUUUUAGAUCUCACAACAGCGAAUUUUGGAUCAUUACGAGCUAUUAAUAUUGAUGAAUUACCUACAAUUACUUUCAUUCAAGCAAGUCAAAUUUACACAAAUUUUAAAUCAACAGAAACUUGUAAAUGUUUCGAAAUGCAUCGACAAUGUUAUGGAUGGUUUCGUCGAAAAUCGGAAUAUUUUGAAAAACUCAUUCUCACGAUCUCCUUUUCGACAUUAAAACCUUGGUUUGCAUUAUCUAAAAAUUUCUUUUGUUGCAAAGCAUCAAUCAAUCAAUUAUUGCCUACCUUUAAACAGAAUGAACUUAAUAAAAUAAAGUAA